AUGGCGAUGGUAGUACAUGGAGGUGUGAACCCGCAAGAACUAGACCCCAGAGUCACAGAGGAGCUAGGGGUCGAACCUGUGGAGGAGUUAGAAGAAAUCGUGGUGAUGGAAGAGCCAUUACGAAAGUUGAAGGUGGGAAAAAACUUUCAAGACGACACGAAGGAAAAGUUGGUGAUGCUUUUGAAGGAAAAUAUGCAUGUGAAGGGCAAGUAUCAGGCAAGGGGUCCUAAGAUGGCCGCAUACUUAGAAAGGGUAAGAGGUUAUCUGGGGCAAUUGGAUGGGUAUAGCAUAGAGAAAAUCCCAAGAGAGAGGAAUAUCCAUGUCGAUGCCCUUGCAAAGCUGGCUUCCACUAAGGAUGGAGAUACCCUCAAAUCUGUACCUGUGGAAUACUUAUCCAGGCCAAGCAUUAUUGAAUCAGACGUUCAUAUGAUCAGCAUCCCAAAGGAGUCAUGGGCCAACCCAAUUAUAAACUACCUGAAGGAUGGAGCUCUACCAACAGAAAAGAGGGAGGCUCAGAGGCUGGUGUAUAAGGUCGCCCAGUACACAUUAGUAGACGGAGUCUUGUACAAGAGAGAGUUUUCUGUGCCGCUCUUGCGAUGUGUUGAUGAUGAGGAGGCGAGGAAAGUUCUGUAUGAAAUACAUGAAGGCAAAUGCGGCAACCAUGCGAGUGGACCAUCCACGGCCAUGAAAUCCAUGAGGCAAGGGUACGAAGUUCCCUUCAAAAUCAUCUCUGACAAUGGCACCCAGUUCGAGGGGGAAACAUUCGAGGAGUAUUGUAAGGAGAAAGGAAUAAGAAGAAGCUUUUCAGCUGUUGUGCAUCCACAUGCCAAUGGGCAGGUGGAGGCCAUUAACAAAGUCUUGAAGAAGAACCUAAAAACAAAGUAA